CCUGGGUGAGCUCCCGCCCCCGCCCCCCAGAGGCCAGGAGGUAAACAGUUCUGUCCAGCAGCGCCCGGGCCUCCUGUCACAGUCCGGUGCGAGGCGUGACCAAGACUGACCAUGACUACUUACAGCGACAAAGGAGCAAAGCCCGAGAGAGGUCGGUUCCUCCACUUCCACUCCGUGACCUUCUGGGUGGGCAACGCCAAGCAGGCCGCCGCCUUCUACUGCAGCAAGAUGGGCUUCGAGCCACUGGCUUACAGGGGCCUGGAGACCGGCUCGCGGGAGGUGGCGAGCCACGUGAUCAAGCAGGGCCAGAUUGUGUUUGUCCUCUCCUCGCCACUGAAUCCCUGGAACAGAGAGAUGGGUGAGCACCUGGUGAAGCACGGGGACAGUGUGAAGGACAUCGCCUUCGAGGUGGAGGACUGUGACUACAUCGUGCAGAAAGCGCGGGAACGGGGCGCCAAGGUCGUGCGGGAGCCAUGGGUAGAGGAGGACAAGUUCGGGAAGGUGAAGCUCGCUGUGCUGCAGACGUACGGGGACACCACUCACACCCUGGUGGAGAAGAUGAGCUUCUCCGGCAGCUUCCUGCCCGGAUUCGAGGCCCCCAGAGUCAAGGACUCUCUACUUUCCAAGCUCCCCAGCUGUGGCCUGGAGACGAUUGACCACAUUGUGGGGAACCAGCCCGACCAGGAGAUGGUGUCUGCGUCGGAAUGGUACCUGAGGAACCUGCAGUUCCACCGCUUCUGGUCCGUGGAUGACUCGCAGGUGCACACGGAGUACAGUGCCCUGCGCUCCAUUGUGGUCACCAACUACGAGGAGUCCAUCAAGAUGCCCAUCAACGAGCCGGCGCUGGGCAGGAAGAAAUCACAGAUCCAGGAGUACGUGGAGUACAACGGGGGUGCCGGCGUGCAGCACAUCGCUCUGAAGACCCCGGACAUCAUCACCUCGAUUCGCCACUUGCGAGAGCGAGGAGUGGAGUUCUUGGCUGUUCCUUCCACGUACUACAAGCAGCUUCGGGAGAAUCUCAAAUCGGCCAAGAUCCGGGUGAAGGAGAGCAUCGACAUGCUGGAGGAGGCUGAGGCAGGAGGACUGGUCCAAAUUCAAGCAAUCAAAUGGGCUGGACUGGGAUACAUAGUGAGUUCAAGAGCAGCCUGACUACAUGGCAAGGCCCAGCCUCAGAAAAUAAAUAAAAUAAAAUAAAAUGCAGCCCAGGGCGACUUUACAAGGAACAGUCAGGAAAGUCCUCUCUGAGAAGGUAAGUUUAAUGGAAAUGUAUAUAAUGAGAGGGCCCUGGCCAUGUGAAGGGCUGGGGAAAUGGCAUUCCUUUUCUGGCAGAAGGAACAGCAGGUGCAAAGGUCCUGAGGCAGGCUGAGCAGGCUCCAGGUGUCUCUCAUGGAUAAAGGUACAUUAGAGAAGUGACCUAGGGCAGGAGGUAAGUAGGGGCCGAUUCCUCUUGUAGGCUGUUAGUGACUUUGAAUUCUGCUCUUCUGUGCUCAGAAACCACUGGAGGUUUUGUUGGUUUUGUUUUUAAAUUUUAUUGAUAUAGAAAGCACAUAAAUAUGCCACCCUUUUAAAGUGAACAAUUCAAAGGUUUGUAGCUAUUUGGUAUGUUGUGCAGCUACCAUCAAAAUCAAUCUUAGAGUAUUUUCACCAUCCUCCCCAAACCCUUGAUCCUCUUACCCAACCCCUCCAUUUCCUUCUGUCCCCAACUCCAGCCCUAGGCAACCACUAAUCUACCUUUGGACUCGUAGAUUUGUCUUUUGUAAACAUUUCAUAUAAGUGGAUUCAGACAAUACGGUCUGUUGUGCUGGCUUUUUUCAUUUAGUGUAAUGUUUUCUUUUUUUCCUUUUUUUUUUUUGGUACCGGGGAUCGAACUCAGGUUCUUGCGCUUGCGCAGCAGGCGGCGAAACCACUGAGCUAAAUCCCCAGCCCUAGUGUAAUGUUUUCAAAGUCCACUCCUCCCCUUUGUUUACUUUUGGAGCACUGGGGAUUGAACCUAGAACCUUUGCACUGAGCCACAUCCUCAACAUUUUUUUUUUUUUAACACUUUGUGUUUUUAUUUUGAAGCAGGGUCUCACUAAAUUCCCCAGGCAGGACUUGAACUGCAGUCCUCCUGCCUCAGCUUCCCAGAGUGCUGAGAUUUACCAGCAUGUGCUGCCACUCUUGGCUGAAAGUUCACUCGUGUUUCAGCAUGUAUCAGUACUUAAUUUCUUUUUAUGGCUGAAUAAUAUCCCACUGUAUGGAAAGAUCACAUUUCGUUUAUUCACUCAUCAGUUGGUGGGUACAUGGGUUGUUCCUGUUUUGGGCUGUUAUGAAUUAUUGGCUGCUUUGGCCAGAGGUGUAUAAGGCUUCCUGGAACCCUGUGUUCCCAUUUCUCUGAGUAUACAUCUGGGAAUGCAACUGCAGGGUCACAUGGUAACUAUGUUGAACCUUCGAGGAACUGCUAGCCUAUUUUCUAGUGUAGUUGCAUUAUGUCACAUUCUCACCAACAAUACAUCAUGAUUCUAAUUUCCAUUGGAAGGGUUUGUUUGUUUGUUUGUACACUGCAGUACUGGAGGUGCUGGGGAUUGAACCCAGGGGCUCUUU